UCCGUCUAGAAACAUUAAAAAAAUAUUUUUGUUUGUUUGGAACACCCAACAAGCCGCUUUCAAAUCGGUUGCCGCCUGAGCGCGUAGUGUAACCACUAGCUAACAUCACGUUCAACCCCCAUUGACGUUUCAAACGUAAACAAACACACGAACACUUGUUGGUGAUGCACGAAAUACGCAGUACGGCUUCCUUUCUUUUCCAAAAUGUUUAAUUGUUGUGCGUGGAAAGUGCUCGUUUUACAGAAAUCUCUCCAUGAAAUCAGUCCGUUUAGUGUAUUCCGAUAGGAGGGCGUUGUGUUGCUAGCUAAGCAAAUGUAAAUCAUCCAUCAAGCGAGUACCAGUUGUCAAUGUUCGCUUCUUUGUUGCGCUCUUCCCCGGAACCGUUUUGUGAUAGUGUGUGGUGGUAGGUUUUUGUUGUCUCUGACCUGUGCCUGUGCCUGUGCCUGUGCCAUAGAUUAGUCAUCAGUGAUUGCAAAGCGACUGGCGCUAAUUCCUCGCAUCAGUCAACCAUUUUACUGUGCCCGAAAGCUGCUCUUUUAAACAACAUACUUCCCCAAAAAACAUGCCGCCCGGUGUGCGUUUGAUAGACGUCGACAGUAGCGAUGAAGAGAAUUUGUUGGAGGAAGGAGUGCGAAAUCGGCGCAGCCCGCGAAACGAACCGACCGAUUUCAACAUUCCCGCUACUAACGACGAUGAUGAUGAUGUCGAUCCUGCCUUCAACUUAAACCGACGAAGCAAAGAAGCUUCCCAGUACGAGAGCUUGGACUACGAUGUGUGCGAGAAUGUGCUGUGGCGCCGCGAUCAGACCAAGAUCAAGCCAAAGUUUACCGUGCGGAAGGACUUUUCUCGCUGGGUCAUUUCGCUCCAGAUCGGUGUCUGCACCGCGCUGGUCGCCUGCUGUAUCAACAUCGUAAUCGAGGAGGUGUCCCGGCUCAAGUACGGCUUCCUGAAGCGCCAGGUAGACGCGAAUGUGCUGCACGGCGAUCUGAGCAUUCCCUACCUGUACUGGUCGCUGCUGAACCUGGUGCCGGUCGUGAUCGGGGCCACGCUCGUCGCCUACGUCGAACCGGUCGCCGCCGGCAGUGGCAUACCGCAGGUGAAAUGCUACCUGAACGGGGUGAAGGUACCGCGGAUCGUGCGCAUCAAGACGCUCGCGGUGAAGGCGGUCGGCGUCGCUACCUCCGUCAUUGGGGGGCUGGCCGGCGGCAAGGAAGGCCCGAUGAUACACAGUGGCGCCGUGAUAGCGGCCGGCAUAUCGCAGGGCAAGAGCACCACCUUUCGGCGGGAUUUGAAGAUUCUGCAGCACUUCCGGGACGAUCACGAAAAGCGCGACUUUGUGGUGGGCGGUGCGGCGGCCGGUGUAGCGGCCGCCUUCGGUGCCCCGAUCGGGGGCAUACUGUUCUCGCUCGAGGAGGCGGCCAGCUUCUGGAACCAGAGCCUCAUCUGGCGCACGUUUUUCGCCUCCAUCAUCAGCUCGUUUACGCUGAACAUUAUCCUGUCGGCGUACCACGGGCUGAGCAGCUUCCGGUACCGGGGCCUGUUCAAUUUGGGCGAGUUUGCGCCGCUCCCGUUCGAGUACUACGAGCUGCCGAUCUUUAUGCUGAUGGGCGUGAUCGGGGGGUGUACGGGGGCGUUAUGGAACGCGCUCAACAGCCGACUGAACAUGUUCCGUGCGCACGCCAUCCGGCAGCGUUGGGCUAAGGUGCUGGAGGCGGCGUUCGUCGCCGUGCUGGGCGCAACGUUUGCGUGCCUGAUGGCCUACACGAUCAACGACUGCCGUCCGCUGGGUAACGAUCCAACCGAGCAACCGGUGCAGCUGUUCUGCCAGGACAAUGAGUACAAUGCGGCGGCGGCACUGUGGUUCCAAACGCCCGAAGCAACGGUCAAGGCCCUGUUUCACGAUCCACCCGGUUCGCACAAGAUCCUUACGCUGGCCACGUUUGUGCUCAUCUACUAUCCGCUGUCGUGCGUCACGUACGGGCUGAGUGUCUCGUUGGGUAUCUUCAUCCCAACGCUGCUCAUCGGAGCUGCCUGGGGUCGGCUGAUAGCUUCCUUCACCGUGCUCGCUUUCCCAACCUCGAUUGCUUUUGUAUCACCGGGUAAAUACGCACUGAUCGGAGCGGCCGCUCAGCUCGGUGGCGUUGUUCGAAUGACGCUAAGCUUGAGCGUCAUCUUGCUGGAAACGACCGGCAACAUUGGCUUCAUCCUGCCGAUCAUACUAACGCUAAUGACGGCCAAAUGGAGCGGAGAUUACUUUAACGAAGGCAUCUACGAUACGCAGAUCCGUACGUCGCGCGUGCCAAUGCUGCCGUGGCACGUCGAACCGGAGUACCAGAAUCUCUCGGCCCGCCACAUCAUGGCGCGGCCGGUGGUGUGUGUGCGAACGGAGGAGAAGGUUCAGUAUCUGCUGGAUAUUUUGAAAAACACAACCCACAAUGGUUUCCCCGUCGUCGAGGAUGGUGAUGAUGGCUCACGCGUGAAUGGACGACUGAUUGGGCUAAUAUUGCGCUCCCAGCUCGUUGUGAUACUGAAGCGUAGCCUCUACGUCGAAUCGAGCCGCUUCUGGGAGUCGACUGUCAGCAUUGAAGCGUUCCGCGACGAGUACCCGCGCUACCCAGCCGUUGAGGAUCUACACGUAAACGAAUACAAGCGGAGCGGCAGUUUCUCUGUCAACAUGAACAUGUUCAUGAACCCUUCGCCGUACAGCGUGGAGGAGGGCACAUCGGUACCACGGAUCUUUCAGCUGUUCCGUGCCCUCGGAUUGCGCCAUCUCGUCGUGGUGUCGUCGGAAAACCGUGUGCGGGGCAUUAUUACGCGCAAGGAUUUCCUUAAACACCAUUAAGUUCUGUCUCUCUCUGUUUCUCUCUUUAUCACGCUGCGAAAGCGGCCAUGCCAAAUGUGAAUGCAAACGUGUUAUUUCUUUCGCUUUCGUUUUUUAUUAAUUAAGUGCCCAUUAUAUUAGGGUGUAGUUUUACCUUUUUCGACACAUUUGUGUGUAUUUGUUGUGUGCUGUUGCUUGUGUUGUGGCUGAGAAGA